UUUCAGCCGCACGGCGCUCGCCCGCGAGCGAUCAUGUCGUCCUUCGCCAAAGAUUUCAGCAAAGCAAUGUCCCAGGCUGGCCCGUCGCAGUUCCAGGAAGUCAUUCGGCAAGAGCUGGAGUAUUCCAUGAAAGUAGAACUUGAUAAAAUACUUGCGACUGCGCCCUCAAAUGAGCUAGAGCACACUAAAAAGGACCUGGAAGGAUUUAAGAAGCUAUUUCAUAGAUUCCUACAGGAGAAGGGACCAUCUGUGGACUGGGGGAAGAUUCAGAGACCACCAGAAGAUUCUAUCCAGCCCUAUGAGAAGAUAAAGGCCAGAGGACUGCCCGAUAACAUUGCUUCUGUCUUGAACAAGCUGGUGGUUGUGAAACUAAAUGGCGGCUUGGGCACAAGCAUGGGUUGUAAAGGCCCCAAAAGUCUCAUUGGGGUGCGGAACGAGAACACCUUCUUGGAUCUGACGGUUCAGCAGAUUGAGCACUUAAACAAAACCUACAACACCGACGUUCCUCUUGUUCUUAUGAACUCCUUCAACACGGAUGAAGACACAAAGAAAAUCUUGCAGAAAUACAGUCACACCCGAGUGAAAAUAUAUACCUUUAAUCAAAGCAGGUAUCCUAGAAUUAAUAAGGAAACUCUGCUGCCAAUAGCGAAGGAUGUAUCUUACUCAGGAGAGAAUACGGAGUGCUGGUAUCCCCCAGGCCAUGGAGACAUCUAUGGCAGUUUCUAUAACUCUGGUCUGCUGGAUAACCUUAUUGCAGAGGGGAAGGAAUAUAUUUUUGUAUCCAAUAUCGAUAACUUGGGUGCUACAGUGGACCUUUAUAUUCUGAAUCAUCUAAUGAACCCACCCAAUGGAAAACGCUGUGAAUUUGUCAUGGAAGUCACCAACAAAACCAGGGCUGAUGUGAAGGGUGGGACACUCACGCAAUAUGAAAACAAACUGAGACUGGUGGAGAUAGCUCAGGUCCCAAAAGCACACGUUGAUGAAUUCAAGUCUGUCUCCAAAUUCAAAAUAUUCAAUACGAACAAUCUGUGGAUUGCCCUGUCUGCAAUUAAAAGGCUGCAAGAGAAAAAUGCUAUUGACAUGGAGAUCAUUGUUAACCCAAAGACUCUGGAUGGAGGCUUGAACGUUAUCCAGUUGGAGACUGCAGUUGGUGCUGCUAUUAAGAGUUUUGAGAACUCUCUGGGAAUAAAUGUACCUCGUAGUCGUUUUCUGCCUGUUAAGACCACAUCUGAUCUCCUGCUUGUGAUGUCUAAUUUGUAUAGUCUUAAUGCUGGAUCUCUAACAAUGAGCGAGAAGCGUGAAUUUCCAACCGUUCCUCUUGUCAAACUGGGAAGUUCUUUCACAAAGGUUCAAGAUUACCUGCGGAGGUUUGAAAGUAUUCCAGAUAUGCUGGAACUGGAUCAUCUCACAGUUUCAGGCGAUGUUACAUUUGGGAAGAAUGUUUCAUUAAAGGGAACAGUUAUCAUCAUUGCAAAUCAUGGCGACAGAAUUGACAUCCCAGCUGGAGCUGUACUAGAGAACAAAAUCGUAUCGGGCAAUCUUCGGAUCUUGGACCACUGAGCCAAUGGAAUGGCACGGCCGGUUCUGCAGACUGCUUUGCUAACCAGUCAUCGUGGAAGAACCUUUUAAGCAUUAGAAAUAAGUACACAGAGGGCCUACACUUUGUCAUCUUCACAGUACCCUGCAGUAUUAAUUUUAAGUUAAUUUCUCUUGUUUAUCUUUUUAAGCAGAUACAUAGCGCAAUGGAUGUGCGUAAGUGAUGUUUCAGACCUUAAAGAGAUUCUGUAACUCAGUUAAUAUAACCUUGAAGUGCAAUACUGUUUGUCUUGAGGUAAGAUGGACAGAUCUACUUUGCUAAGUUCAGAGGCUUGCCUCUUACACGUAGCUGUUUUGAAUUGCUUCUGCUUUGAACUGCAGAAAUAAGCUGUGAAGCAAUACAUGUGGGACAUGGUUAGCUACUCAUGCAGCUUUUCUUUUAAUGAAGUGUGAACAGCAGGCACAGUUGAACAACCAAAAGUUUCAGUACUGCUAAAUGUGCUGUUAAAAACCCUGUAGUUCAUGUGCUCGCAAAUAUCCCAACCUAUAAUCCUAACCCCCCCACAAAUGAUCAGUGGGAUUCCUAUUGCAGUCAUACUGUAUGUCACCAUACUAAGGCAAGGCUGUCAGUACCUCCC